AUGCUAAUGCUUCCUUUGCUCUUCGUAUGCUCAGCUUACGCCCAAGCCAACAUCCUAGACAUCUUGCAAGGUCAGAGGUGCAAUAUUAGUGAAGGCAGCAUCACCACGUUCCGUUUUCAAAAUGCAACCUCCAAUGUGGAACCUCUCAAUGUCGUCGUCACCAUCCCAUCAGUGCCUGGUGUGGCUCCAAACGUCACAAUCACAUCUUGGCUCUUGACUCUCAAUAUCUCUGAUGAGUGGAGAGGUAUACACCUCUCGGGCGCAGUCGAAGCGGACCUAGGCGAUGGCCUGUGCCUGAGGAAGCUCGACUUUCUCUACCGCGAAAACUUUGGCGAUCCCGAGUCGGGAACACUCCAGCAGACUAUCAACGGCGGCCUUCAUCUUCGAGCUUGGCAUUACCGCCAGAUAGCUAACAGCUCUGUCUUGCCUGGGCGAGACAUCUGGUUCUUUGGAGCCAGCACUGAGGAGUCUCUUCAAAAGAAGCACACAAUAUCGGACAAUGGAUACGACACUGGACGUGACGAGAUUGGUCGUCGUGCGCAAGAAGAUCACAUGAUACCAGUCCAACAAAGCACAGCACUGACGGGAACAGAGGGUCUGCAAUGGGGAGCAGCUGCGGUAACAACAUUGGUGGGUAUACAGCAGCAGGCGGUCUUCAACCACGACAUCACCUCUGAUGGGGCUGUCCUGCUCAUCGAAGCAAAUCUUGUCACUCAACCUGAAGUUUUGCCUAGCAAUCCCACCAACUACACUGCCGGGCAAACAAGUGUCCCUGUCAGCCUUGCCAGUCAGGGAACCAUCUUAUCAAGCAGUGGCUGGCCUUAUUUUGUCUUUAUCGGUCAUUUGUUCUCCUAUGCAAUCCACAUUGGCUUGUAA